AUGUCGUCCAUCGCACGCCCCCCCGAUCCCUGCCUGGUCGCCAUUAUCUUAAUAGUCCGCUCCCGAGCGGGCCCACGCUUCGUGUUUCAUUACCCCCCAAACCCGCUCAGCGAGAAUGGCCUGAAGCCCGCGCUCCGAAGCCGCCGCACGUCACGCUCGAGAACCGGACAAGGAUAUAAGAGCAACGACUCAAGCUCCAGUGAAGAGAGCGGCUCGAGCUCCGACGAGGACGAGGACGAGCACCAGCACCAGCUGCACAGCCAGAGCAACAACCACAGCCAGACCCACCUCAGCGGCAGCGUAGUAUCCGCACGGCGGUCGAGUAACUUCGGCCUUGACGAUCAUGUCACCAUGUCUGUUUCGCCCGGCGGGGACUCGCAGCGCGCGGGGUCGAUAGGCUCGAGCCGUACGCUGUUUCGGCGACGGGGCGGCAAUUCGGACGUGGAGGAGGAGUCGGGCGCUGGGUCCGAUAGGCAGGAGGAUGGGGCGGGCACGGCUGGCGGCCCGAAUCGGCCGCCGUGGGAGUCGCUUCUUGGCCUCCCUGCGGAUGUGUGGGAGAAGCUACUGAGCCCGUCGCCGGCGUGGCACAAGCGUCGCUUUGAGGUCGGGAUCAAUGAUCUGGCGUUCAUUGGGUGGCCGGUGUUUGUGCGCGAGGAUGGGACGUGGAGGAAGCAGAAGCGGAAGAAGAAGAAGGAGAAAAAAAAGGCGCGGGCUGAAUGGGAGGGAGGCGAACUGGGGCAUAAUGAGAAUUCUGAAGAUGCGCCUGAUGGCGAGGAUGGCGAUGGGGAAGGAGGAGGGGGGUUAAAGCUGAUUGUGGCCUCGACUGAGACGUUGAGUCCCAAGCAUAUGACCUUCUCGGAAGCCAAGCGAGCAUCAGUGGCCAGCAAUUUAGCGGCCAGAGCAUCCAGUGACUGCUUAGACGUCGAUGAUAAGGAUUCAAUGACGAUGUUCAACGUGGUCUUCGUGCUAGACCCGCCGCUCCUUGAAUACUCCAUGCGGAUUAAAGAGCUCUACGACAAUAUCAUCAAGAAGUUUGCUAAAGCCUUGAAAUGGGAGCAAGCCCGGACGGAUUACGUCUGGAGGGAGGCACAGCAUAUUACGCAUCUCAAAGAGAAGGCGAAAGAGAGAAGAACCUCUCUCAACACCCUCUACUCUGAGCUGAUCAACCAGUCCUCGCUCGCCAGGGCCAUCUACACCGUCUUUAACAGCAUAUCCGCGUCCAAGAUUGCUUCAGUUCCACUAAGUCCAGAUGUGUCAAUAUCUCUCCAAAUACCUCCUUUGACGUCGACCCCAUAUCUUUCGGGCCCGGCAGACAAAGCGUAUCCCGGCCUCUGGCUUACCACUGCAGACAGUGUCACCCCGGUGGACGACCCCACCGCGGAAGAGAUUGCCGCACCGCAUCAAGUGCUGGCAAAAAACUUUGCUCUCCUCUUGCUGGACAACGAGGCGACGAUCCUGAAAGAUGUUGAAGCAUCUGGCGGAGCACUGGCACCCGCCCUUGCGCACUACCUCCGAUGCUCGAAGCCAACCAAGUCCUUCGCGCAAAUUUCCGCAACAUCCGGAAUACCGCUCUCCACAAUACAGAUGCUAGCCAGUCACCUCGUGUACUGGAGGCGGGCACGCGCCAUACCCCCGAUUCAUCAACGAGACACGUAUAUUGUGUCUCCCAACUGCGACUUGAGCAAGCUGGAAGUCGCGACUGCCGCUUAUCAAGCAGCGUUUCCGACGCUCCCCAGUCUGCCGAAGAUGCUCUCUGCUCUUAGCGGGACGCCGAGGCCAUAUGGAAGCUUUAUACCCAGCAAAGACCAUAAAGAAACGUACUUUGCAAUCCUGGCAUGGCUGCUCAGAGGAGGCUGGGUGACUCAGCUUCGAUCCUUCGCAAGAGUUAAAGUCACUCCUGAGAUCAAGAUGGCUGUCGAGGUGGCCCUCCGUCGAGAAGAGGUAGACAAGUACCUGCGGAAGAGUAGGCCCUCUGGACCGGGAAAAUCUGGUAUUGAUGGCGAAGAAGGGAGUGGGGCCGAAGAGGUCGACGAUGCCAGUUCAUCCUCAUCGUCGUCACUCUCGAGCCAUGGCAGCGGUGAAGAAACCCCGAUGCCCGGGCGCUAUAAAUUGGAGAGUGAGAUGCGUCUCGAGCAUUCGUUGUUGGACCGAAACACGUCGCUGAGAACAGCGUCGCUCAUUCUGUUCCCUCACCGCGCAUCACCGCUUGAAUCGCGGUGGCUGGAGGAGAUUGUCUCACAGUUCCCCGACAAGCCCAGGUCUGCGAAUCGCCUUCGGGGACACGGUUCAGGUUCGCGUGGAGGGGAGGGAGAUCCCGAAUGUGCUGGAAUCUGCACUCCGAUGAAGGACUUAUGGCCCACUUACAUCAAGUACUUCAACGGACUCGAUGCACUCGAGAAGAUCCCAAUACGCGAGAGCCUCAAGCGCAAGCUGGCAUGGCAGGUCCUUACGCGGCUGGGCAUGGUGACUUCUCAACAGACCUCGAUUGAACUGGAUCCCCGGGAACAGGUUCUUGUUAGUGUUCGGCACUGGAACAACGAACUCAUAUACUUUCAGUUCCUGAUCUUCCCUCGUGAUAUUAACAGCAUCAUUCCCCACCAUGCUCGGUAG